AUGCCUUACAACAAUGCUCCCAUUGAACCUCCAGAAGAGAUAACUGGCUCGACCCCCCUUCCUCUCGCGCGAGUCAAGAAGAUCAUCGCCCAGGAUGACGAUAUUGCCCAAUGCUCUAAUCCAGCUGCCUUCGCCAUAUCAGUGGCGACAGAAAUAUUCAUCCGCUACCUAACCGAGCAAGCACAUAACGUGGUCAAGUCAGAACGGAAGCCAAGGAGGAAUAUUGCCUACAAAGACAUAGCCACGGCCGUUUCCAGAAUCGACAAUCUCGAAUUCUUAUCCGACACAGUGCCCAAAACGAAGACAUAUCGCCAGUUCAAGGAGGAAAAGGCUCGAGAAGCAGCAGCCAAGGCUGCCUCCUCUGCAGGGUCACUAGUCAACGGCGUCAGCGUCAACGGCGAAAACGGCAGCGUCUCGAUCCAGACUAUGAUGAAGAACGGAUACCAGAACGGCGCUGUCAACGGGGUCGGGGUCAAUGGCACAAUGCAUGAGAGAUCAGCCACCGCUCGUCCGUCGUCGUCCGGCCAUUCGCGCAACCACAGCCAUCCCGACCCGGUCAGAGAUAUCGAGAUGAGUGGAUAG